UUGAUAGUAUAAAAAGAAGACGGUGUACUUGUAAAUUGUUUUCGUGAAUCAAAUCCCUAAAUCCAAUAUAAACCAUUGGAGUAGUAAAGUUUCUCUUGUUUUUCUUCAUUACCCAAUUCAACUCAAAUUUUCAACCCUAAUCAGGUACGCAUUCAACGACGCAACCGAACCGUGAACUCUACUCACGCCACCACCGGAAAAUCCAUCUCCACCGUCAGAUACUUGCUUGUUUCUGAUGGAAAAGAACCAGCCUGUUUUUGUCAAAGAUGCUGUUUUGAAAUUGCAAUUGGCCCUCCUUGAUGGCAUCCAAAAAGAAGACCAGCUGUUUGCAGCUGGUUCUUUGAUAUCAAAGAGUGACUAUGAAGAUGUUGUAACUGAAAGGUCCAUCACUAAUUUAUGUGGGUAUCCAUUGUGCCGCAAUGCUUUGCCAACUGAUCGUCCACGGAAGGGUAGAUAUCGGAUUUCAUUGAAGGAGCACAAAGUGUAUGACCUACAGGAAACUUACAUGUUUUGUUCUUCCGGUUGUGUGAUUAACAGCAAAGCUUUUGCUGGGAGCCUGCAAGAUGAGAGGUGCCAAGUUUUAGACGUGGAGAAACUGAACAAUGUUCUUAGGUUGUUUGGAAAUUUGAACUUGGAACCAAUGGAAAAUUUUGGAAAGGAUGGAGAAUUAGGUUUUUCUGACUUGAAAAUCCAGGAUAAAACAGAAACCGGCACUGGGGAGGAGUCUUUGGAACAGUGGGCUGGACCAUCAAAUGCAAUUGAGGGUUAUGUACCAAAACAAAGAGACAAUGGUUCUAAGGCUUCUAAGAAAAAUGAUAAAAAAGGGUCCAAAGCUAAUCGUGGCAAGUCGGAUGAUUAUAAAAGUUUAAUUGGCAGUGAGUUGGACUUCAUGAGUACAAUAAUUACACAAGAUGAGUAUAGUGUUUCGAAAGUAUCAUCGGGGCAAACAGACACAACUGGUGAUCAUCAAAUUAAGCCGCCAUCCAUAUUGGAGAAGCCAAAAAGGGUUGGCAAUAAAGUGGUCAGGAAAGAUGAUAAUAUACAAGAUAUUUCUUCAUCUUUUGAGAGUACUGUAAAUAUAAGUACCUCAACCAAAGAGAAGGAAAUAGCGAAUUCAUGUAAAGAUGUUCUCAAAUCCUCUCAUGAUCCUUCUGUUGAAAAGAAAGUUGUCCACUCGAUUACCAUUUCAGAAAGAGAAUGUGAUGCAGAACAGAAUAAUUCUGAAAGGAAAUCGAUACAACUCAAAGAGGAAACAAGUAUAGUUGCUGCUAACGAUGAUGCUUCCACUUCCAAUUUAAAUCCUACCAAUGUUGAAGAGAAAUUCAUAAAUGAAAAAGCAAUUGAAUCAUGCCAUACUAAACCAAAAUCUUCUCUUAAAUCUAAUGGUAAAAAGAAACUCAGUCGCUCUGUUACAUGGGCUGAUGAGAAAAUCAACGGUUCUGGGGGUAAAGAUCUCUGUGCAGUGAAAGAAUUUGGAAACAUUAAUAAGGAGUCUGAUGUGGCUGAUAACGUAGAUUCUGCUGAUGAUGAAGAUAUGUUACGUUGUGCAUUAGCGGAAGCUUGUGCAAUUGCCUUGAGCCAAGCAUCAGAAGCAGUUGCUUCUGGAGACUCGGAUCCCAAUGAUGCUGUAUCGGAAGCAGGAAUCACUAUACUGCCACAUCCUCCCAAUGCUGUUGAGGGAAGUACUGUGGACGAUGAUGACAUUCUAGAAACAAAUUCAGUUACUCUGAAAUGGCCAAAGAAACCUUCCGAAUUUGAUUUGUUUGACUCUGAAGACACGUGGUUUGAUGCUCCACCAGAAGGUUUUAGUUUGACUUUGUCACCUUUUGCUACUAUGUGGAAUGCCUUCUUUUCGUGGAUAACAUCGUCUUCUUUGGCAUAUAUAUAUGGGAGGGAUGUAAGUUUUCAUGAAGAAUUUCUAUCAGUUAACGGGAGAGAAUAUCCUAGCAAAAUUGUCUUGACAGAUGGUCGCUCAUCUGAAAUAAAACAAGCAUUAGUUGGUUGUCUUGCUCGAGCCUUACCUGCAGUUGUUGAAGAGCUCAGGUUGCCAAUACCCGUAGAUAUAUUAGAGCAAGCGAUGGUACGCUUGCUGGAUACAAUGUCAUUUGUGGACGCACUACCAGCAUUCAGAAUGAAACAGUGGCAAGUGGUUGUUCUCUUGUUCGUGGAUGCAUUGUCUGUUUCUAGAGUGCCUACUCUUAUCUCAUACAUGACGGACAGGAGGGACUUGUUUCUCAAGGUUCUGAGUGGUUCACAAAUAGGCAAGGAAGAGUAUGACGUUUUGAAGGAUUUCAUUGUACCGCUUGGUCGAGCACCUCAUUUCUCUUCUCAGAGUGGAGCUUGACAACAUUGAAUUUCCAUCAUAAAUGGGCAAAAGCUUGAACUUAAUCAAACACGUAUAGGACUUUUAAUCAUGAACACAAUGUUACCUUUCUCUUUUACCUUCAAAGCAUUGGAGUGUUGAGUAAAUAUGUUCAUCGCUGUCAAACAUCCAAUUAUAAGUACACCGUGGCCCCUAGCGACAGAGGAAUCCGAUUUUAUCUAUAUGAUACUCUAAUGCUGUUGGUGGGAGGGAGUGAUUGAUGCAAAAUUGAUAUUCAAAUGGACAAUAUUCCAAGUUAUUGUUUUCUAUUGAAACCGACAUUUUGUAUUAAUCGAUGGUUUGCAGUUUCUACAACGUUCUGAAGAUGUCUUUUACAUAGCAUUUGGCAUGUAAAAAUGGCAGAGUGGAAAAGGUCUAUUUUUGGGGAAUAAAAUUACAAUUAUCUUCAU